CCGCCUUCCGACGUGGAGAAGCUGGACACUGAGCUGGUCAGGAGCUUUUACUGGACAUGAACAGCGUGGAUGGUCGGAGCAGGUGUGACUGAGCGGACUCCUCCAGCUUCCUCCCGGUGACCUGAGCGCACACAGCUGGUCGGGAGACUCCCACCUCAGAGAGAGACACAUGAACAGCUGAAUGUCUUCAUACUGACCAACACAGCUGCUUCUUCUUCGUCUGUGGUGUCAGAGGACAUGAUGCGGAACUGCAGCCCGUGGGCUCUUCUGCCUCCUGCCUACUCCAUCUGCACCGCUGCUGGACUCUGGGUGGUAUACUUUAUGGCCGUUUACAGUGAGACCAUAACACCUCUGAGUUCUCAGUACAGGAAGACAAAUGGAUCCCUUUAUCCUCCUUUCAUCAGUGUUGCAGGAAACUUCCCACCAGCCAGCUGCAUCUUCAGCGGGGUCAUGAACAUGGCAGCAUUUGUGGGGUUUAUUAUUGCCGUCCUCAGAUACCUUCAGCUGAGAAACAUAUUUGACAAGUCAUGGCUGAACUUCGGCAGUCUGGUGGGUUUCUCUGUCGGCUGCUUCGGGAUGACACUGAUAGGAAACUUCCAGUUAUUCAACCAGCUGAUAAUUCACAACUCGGGCACCUUGAUGACGUUUGGCCUGGGCUGCCUGUUCUGCUGGGUUCAGUCCUACCUCACCCUGAGAGCUAACCUGAAGAACGAGGGGAGGAGCAUCGCCAUCGCUCGCUUCCUGCUGUCUGCAGUCAUCACUCUCUGCAUCGUCCUCAAAUACUGCUUAAGUGUCUACUCUCUCAUGUAUGCUGCUCGAUGCCAGUGGGCGCUGGUCAUGUUCUUCCUCAUCUUCAUCGGUACAUUCGGCAUCGACUUUCGUCACAGCAGCUUUGAGAUUGUGUGCAGGGACACGCUGAGGCCUCCUGUCGGACAGUCUGGGACGUCUGAAGAUUCCAGGCAGCCCCUGGAGCAGCAGCAGGACUAAUAAAACAUCUUCAGGUCUGACUGCAGCAAAGUACACUAUAUUGCCAUAAGUAUUCACUCACCCAUCCAAAUAAUCGAAAUCAGAUGUUCCAAUCACUUCCAUGGCCACAG